CGUUCACCGGAAACCUCUUUCGAUCUCAAUUCUCUACUGUGGAAAUUUCUUUCAUUUCUGCUUUGUUCCUGCUUCUUGUGGCGGUUGAAAGGGAAGAAAUAUAGGAAGACAAAGGUUGGAACUUGGAAGCAUGGUCUGUAGAUUUAGUAGGAAGUCGUUAUAGAAGUGGUUUGAAGGGUCAAAGUGUCAGAGCUGCAAAAUGGACUCCGAGGAGGAGAAGGGGAAACAGGAGGAUAGCAGCAACAGCAGUUCAUGGCCGCAUAACCCACCCUACAUAGAAAAGGAAGGCGAGGAGAUGAAGGUCUGGGGAAUUCUCUUGUUCGGUCUGAUUGGUGCCACUGCCACCACAUUCGCUGUUGGACGAUUGCGGAGGUCCAUUGACUGGUUCCACACUCAGCUAAGUAGGUCGAAGGGUACAACUGGUGGUUCAUUUCGUUCAAGUUUCAGGGAGGAAGCAUGGAAGAGAUAUAAUCGUAGAAUGCAAGAGGAGUAUGAGGAUGAAAUGGAGAGAGUGGAGCGUAUAAGGCGUAUGCAAAGUGUGUUCAACAGAGAACGGAAUAAAUAUAAGAGGAGCCAUGAGAGCUGGGGAGAUAAUGGCCCUGGAGCAUAUCAUCAACAUUUUCAGCGAAAUGAUUGGUAUUGGAAGACUGAUACAUCUAACAGAGAACAAAGGACUAAUUCGAGGGCAACCGCACAAGUCAGUGGAAAUAUUUCAUUAUCGCAUCACUACUCAGUUUUGGGGCUCGACAGGUGGAGAUCAAAGCCAUACACAGAAACGGAGAUUAAGACAGCUUUUAGAGCAAAGGCAAUGGAGUACCACCCAGAUCAAAACAAGGAUAAUAAAGAGGGUGCUGAAGCAAAGUUCAAAGAGGUGCUUUUGUCCUAUGAAGCAAUAAAAUCAGAAAGAAAGAAUGAGAAGCUCUAAUCAAGCAAGGAGUAUAGAGAUAUCUAUCUUCAGAAAAACAUGGGGGAAGGAUUCAAGGAUUUCUGACAUUGGUUCACACAUACAAUCCCCCGGUGGUGAUGACCUUUCCAAAGCUGAAUGUUAAGUAGCUUCGCAUGUUUCUGGUGAUUUGGGAUGAUCAGCAAGCUGCUGUCAAUGGGUGAAUGGGGCAACCAUAUAUACAGUGGCGUUUUCUAUUGUAUCAGUUUUUUUUUUCCUGGUAUACACAUGCCUCCUAGGUAUGCCAAUUGCUUGUAAUACUUGUAGAAACGUUAAGUCCAAUAAUACAUGGAAAUUUUGCUCUC